GUGGUGUAUUUCCCAGACUGAAUAGAAGCGUGCCUUUCUCCACUGCCGUGCUGGCUGUGCCGUUCCUUUACGCGGAGAGCAUUGCGCAUCAGUGGACUAUAGAGCGAGGACCCCGCACAGUACCGCGCGUUUUCCUCCAUAAAGCAUUUUAGGCAACACGUAUCGCCCAUUCAUUCCGGACUGCUGUGGACCUAAAGGCAUCCUACAUUUUCCAAGAAGUCUGGACAACUACUCUUCUUCUUCCUCCUUCCUUUUUUAUACCCUUGGAUAUAGCUCCCGAAGCGCUUGGUUCUGUGCUUUAAAAUGCAAGCCCGACGCAAAUCGUGUUGGAGGCAAUUGCAGGCUUCUUUUUUCAGACUGCUGUGUCUUAUCCCCACAGGAUUCCCCGUCCGGAGUGUGGAUAUGCAGCGGGCCACCGACAACAUCACCAUCCGACAGGGCGACACAGCGAUUAUAAGGUGCUACGUUGAUGACAAAGUUUCUCGAGUGGCCUGGCUCAAUCGAUCCAACAUCAUCUUUGCUGGUCAGGACAAGUGGUCCCUGGACCCCAGAGUAGAUCUGGUCACUAAAGGACAGCUGGAAUACAGCCUGCGUAUACAAAAGGUGGACGUAUAUGAUGAGGGGUCGUACACCUGCUCCAUACAGACUAAACAGCAGCCCAAGACCUCACAGGUCUACCUCAUUGUGCAAGUUCCAGCCAGCAUCUACAAGGUGUCAGAAGACAUCACUGUUAACGAGGGCAGCAAUGUGACACUCAGUUGUUUGGCCAAUGGCAGGCCGGACCCUGCCAUCACUUGGCGGCUGCUCAACCCCUCAGCAGAGCCGCUGGAUGGAGAAGAGUACCUGGACAUUAUGGGCAUCAUGCGAAACCAAGCGGGUCGUUACGAAUGCAAGGCCAGUAAUGACGUUGCAACGCCAGAUGUCAAAUAUGUCAAUGUGGUUGUCAAUUACCCUCCAACAAUAAAGGAACCCAAGAACUCAGAGACUCCUGUGGGCCGCAUGGGGACGCUGCAGUGUGAUGCCACUGCUGUGCCCACACCAGAGUUUGAAUGGUACAGAGAUGAGAAAAGGUUGUCCAAUGCCCAGGGAAUCAAUAUCCAAAUUCAUGGCAGUACCACUCUUCUCAUGAUUGCCAAUGUCACCGAAGAGGAUUAUGGAAACUACACCUGUGUGGCCUCAAAUCGACUGGGCAUCCAGAAUGCCAGCCUCUUCCUCUAUAGACCCGGGACAGGUCGAGAUACCAACGGCUCCGCCUGUGUAUCUCAAUCACUGUGGCUCCUGCUGGCAUCCUUCGCCUGCCUUGUCUUCAAGUGUUAAUACCACUGUUCUCCUCUUCCUCCUCUACCCCUCCUAGCCUUCCUUCCUUUUACUUCUCCUUCUCUCCAAGUCACCAACAUCCUUAUUGCUACCUUAUUACCAACUUUACCCCCACAGACUGUUUGCAUCAUAAACCUUAUGUGCUCUCGAACAAUGCUUACAGAUAUUACGAAUAGCGAGGGGUUAUGAGUAAAAUGUUAUAGGAACAAAAAAGUGAAAAGAAUGACAGAACAAGCAAACAGUGCUCUUUUUUCUGCUAUAUCUAGUCUUUGGGGUCUGGAUCCAAUUUGGGAUUUGUUGUAUCUCUGUCUUCAUGGAAAUUAAAGCAACCCAUUCACAGGGAUGCCAACAAUUGGUACUGAGGACAUACAGUAAGGUGUAUUUUUUAUUCUUACUCCCAUAAAGGCAUUAUGUUAAAGUGUAGUUUUAACUAAGUGUUUAACCAUUGCAUUAAUGAGCAACCUGCAAACUAUCUGCCAAAUACUGUAUACAUAUAAAUUUUAAACUAACACACAGUACAGGAAUCAAAGGGAAAAUACUGCAGCUCAUUCUGUAAUGAGAUUAGAGCUUGAUAUUAAAGUCUGUACAACCACAAUUUGAUGCUACUAGACUGAAACAUAUAGCGCUAGUCCGGUGUCUCUUCAAUCACACAUAUUGUUUCUACAUGCAGUAGUCACUUGGGUUUUUACCAUCAGGCCCAAAAAUCGAGGAUGCAGUGAGCAGAAUCGACCUGAUCCUACUGACUUAAACCAUGCAGAGUAUAAACUGGGGGAAUUAGUUUAUGUGGUGAUGGAUAUCUACAUCCUCAUUCAGUGGCUUUGCAACCACUCGCCUUUAUUCCAAAAGAAUUCCUCUUUUCUUUGCGGCAGGACUCUUACUUAAAGAAACGCAGUAGGUUAUGAUGAUGUGUACUGUACAUAGUAAAUUUUGUAUUUCUCUAUGAUAAGACAACUUGUUCUGCCACUGUAUCGACAUGGAGCCGAGGAAAUUGUUGCAGUGUAUGUUGCUUGUUUGACAGCCACCAACCAUACUGUGCAGUUUGUCAGUGUUCCACAGCAGGCUGCACCACAUUUACCUAGUUUGCUUUUAGUUUAUGAGUUUUAGAGUCAUUGUCCUAUACUGCUGGAAUUGGGAUAAAAAUGUAUGACACCAGUGAAUGACUUACUUUUUAGUUUUUCUCUUUCAAAGAAGUAUGUGUGUUUUAAUAUGAAAUGAUACAGAGAAAUCCAUAAUAUAUUGAUAUUGAGGUUAUUUUUCUGUCUUUAUCUCAUUCAUUUUAGUUGUCCAAUAUCCUUAUAAGUAUAUUAACAGGCAAAUUUUAAUCUGUCCAUGUCUCUGAAUAGGAUAGCAACUUGCUGAGGAUGAAUAACUUGUAGAUCUUUUGAAAUGGCAACUCUGCUCUAUCAUGUACAUUGAAGCCCAUUAGAGAAUGAUGUUUUAAAAACACGGUCUAGUGUAACAAGAACAUAGUUUGUGCAGUUAUUAUUGUAUGUAUUCUUGAGAUGAUACAAGGGUUGGUUUACAUGAUGUAAUAGGGAAUGGAAUAUUAUACUCAGCUUGUAAUGCUCUUCCAUGUUCCAGGAAUACAAUAUGUGAACAAAUUAAUACUGAAUGCUUAUUCUGCCAAAUGGCCUUAAAGGUCACUGUGCUCAUGGCCCUCUUUAAUAAAAUAAUACCAUUAUGUUACAUGUUUUAUAGCAAGUUUCUUGAUCACUAAAUUUAUUUCUUUUCUUUAUGAAAACAUGAAUAUUGCAUCUAUCAAUAUUUUGUAAAACCUACAAGAUCUUUCAGACAGUGCAGUUCUUUCGGGAAACAGCUCAAUCAUCGUUAGUUUUGUGAUGAGAACUGCUUACUCACAGUAUUAGCUUCCUUUUUUGGCAUUUAUUUUGACUUGCUGUAAGGCGACUAACUUGAGGACUCCAGUGCCCAGCUCAGCUCCUUGACCAGAUGUGUGUUCAUGUCGCCACUAUUCUAAUAACCAAGGUGAGAUAGUACUAGUACUGUAAAUCACAUGCAAAUCUGUACUGUAACUCACAUCAAAUUAAUGUAUUCCUUGUUAUCAUACAUUAAAAAAUUUGUUCCCGGUGUUUUUCUUAUAAAUGCUUCUGAGGCCGUGGCUGUGUGACAUUGUAGUGUCGGCGAUGCUAUCUGAUCCAGUUUAAUUAUCAUGUGGGUAAAACUGUAGAGAGACUGGCCAUGGUUUUUGUCAAAAUGAAGCAUUUAAUACAUUUUAUCAUAACAAACAAUAGCUUACGUUCAGAUUCCUGAGAAGUGAUAAGAAAGCUGCUUGUUUUGAUGCUUCACCUUCUUAAACAUGCUUUUAAUUCAUUCAUUCUUUAAUUAUUUUUUAACUCUGGUAUAUCCACCUUCAUUUGACCCCUGUGACUCCUGUAGUUUGAGUUUGAUUUUUUCUACAUUGGAAUUUCUGCUGGCUCUCUCUCUCUCUACUGCUUUUUAGCCUCUGGCUAGCUCAUACUCGAGGAUGUUAGUUUGUCUUACUGUAAAAACAAGUGUAUAACAUGAAAGCUGUGGUGACAUACUGUAGUUCAUGAUCAGCUGGCAUGAGAGUGGUCUGUGCUAUGUCUACUCCAGGAGGUCUGUCUGUCUCAGUGUGUGCCACAUUAAAAAUAAAUUUAAAAAAACAAAAAACUCAGGGCAGAGCAAUGCUAGCUUUGAGCAGAUGCAGAUAAACUAAAAUGUGUUCUUUUAUUGUUGUUGUUUUGUUUUUUGUCAGAGGAGACCCCGACAGACUAUCAAAGCAGGGUCAGAUACUUCUAAAUUGUGCUCAGCAUUUAUUUUAACCUGCUUAGGAUUCAUGAUGGGUAGGAAAAUGGCUUGAGGGAGUGGAUAGUAAAGUGGCUAGAUAAUAAAUUGACUGCCAUUGUUUAAACAAUUCAUACUUGUUCAAUUAAGGUGAUUUUCAUAAGGCAAACCUUGCCACUGUGGAUGUCUAGAUGUGUCCAUGCAGGUUAAAACCAGCCAACAAGCACUGACUAAUGUACUAAGACCACUGAUGUAGAAGCCAUGUAGCUCUGUCUUUUCCAUAAAGCAGAAAAAACAGUCUUUCCAUUGCUCAUAGAGACCAACAGCCAGCUAUGGACACAGCACCAACCCCUUGUAGACAGGCCUGAAUAUCUACUGAAGACUGUAGAUAAAGCUUUCUAGUUUAUUAUUGAGCAUUGCCUCAAAACAUCACCAUCGCAUCACUGUACAAAACUGGCUUAUGUAUGUGUGCUUGUGUAUUCAUCUGAUUCAGUUUAUUACUAUUAAGCUACCCGAAAAGGUUACAUUCAUGAGGCAUGAAUUACACAGUGAGUUGGCCAAACAGCUAACUUUCUACUUUCUAUUGAGCUAUGGUUACAGUGGUAACCCCAUUUCAAGUUGUCUUUUUUUGUUCUUUUCCUCCUCUGUGUGUAUAUACAGUAUGAUAUUUCUACAGUAGAAUGUUGUAAAGUCCGCAAAUCCAUAAAAUCAUGUUUAUACAACACCACACUUAAAAUUUUAAACAGCAAAUGUUAACUAUCACUUUUUGCUUCCCUUACCUUUGUCAUGGGAAAUUAAGAUUCAGUCAUGGAUUAUGACAAAGCAAUGUCCCUUUUUUGAUUUUUUUUUUACUGUAUUAUGGCAUAAGACCUCUGAUGUAAAAGCAUUCAGUUUCUAAAAAAAGUAUAUGUAGUAAAGGUAUAUGAGAAAAUGUCAACACAGAAUAAAGUUGUUUGAAUUUAA